AUGCAGUGGAUCCUCAUGGAAGAUGAGCGUGACGUCGAGGAUGCAGACGACCGCGACGAAGAUGAGGCUGAGGAUUAUGCUCCUGAACUGCGGGAUAACCACGAGUUCAAGCGCACUCUUGAUUGCGAAAUUGCUGUCGAUAUCGCAAAUGAGCUUGCACUUGCUGCCGAGCAAGAGGCAAGAAGCCGUGUCACGCGUACCACGGAUGAUGCGAAAGCAGGCGUCGAUGCGGAAUUCGCUCAACCCGAGGCGCCUUACUCACGCGACCCGUGGUAUCUCACCAUGACGACGCCGCCUCAACCACGCCCUCGAGCACCUUCUGCUCCAACGGAUGCGCUGACGUUGUCACGGGUGUUUGGCUACAGCUGCAGUGCCAGCCGCAAUAACGCAAAAUACACAGAAUGCGGCGCUGUCAUAUAUCCUGCGGGGGGGACCCUCGUCCGUGUAGAUCUCGGGAGCGGUGCCCAGUCAUUCGGGACUGCGCACGCCGGAUUCGAAAUCUGCGCCCUAGCAAUAUCACUCGAUAAGUCAAUUGUAGCAACUUCAGAUAUAGGGUCAGACCCCCAGAUAGCCCUUUGGUCCACAUCAAACAUUACAAGUGGGCCUAGCAGGAUUAUUCAUGGGCCGCAUUCAAAUGCGGUGACUCUCCUAGCGUUUGAUGACGACAAGGGUGAGAGGAUUGCUAGCAUUGGGGCAGAUAGCAACCAUACAGUCGCAGUACAUGACGUAUCUUCGGGAUACCUCCUAUUUACGUCGCCAACCACGAAGCGUAAACCACUGGACCUCGCAUUUGGGAGGUUCGGAAACGAGAUGGCUAUCGUAGGUGUCAAGCACGCUCUUUUCUUCACUUUCACGGCAGGUCAAGUUGCAACGAGGCACGCAUCUGCCUCAUUCGCGAGGGUCGGGCGACACGGGGCGCUGCAGGCAUUUCUUUGUUGUGCAUAUUUAUCUGGCGGCAAUUGCAUCGUCGGCACAGCGGAUGGCCAUCUUUUCGUAUUUGGAGGGUCAUCUCGUGAACUUGAAAAAUCUAUAAAAGCGCACGAUGGAUUCAUUUAUGCCAUGGAUACUCCAUGGCGACGGGCCAAAGCAUCAAACACAAGCAGAGGACCAAGUCUGGUGGCGCUUGUGACUGGUGCACGUGACGGCGAUAUUAGACUCUGGAAUGACGCUCUCGAGAUGGCUCUCAGGCCGCAACGCAGCUCAGAGAGUUCAGGGCGUCAGAUGGAGUGCCAGUGUCAGCGCCAAUCGCCGGUGGCGGAGCUGCUGCCGGCAUCCGAUGAUGCACGUGCCUUGUCCUAUGGCGAUCUCCACGUUGGUGUUGUGGUGCGUGAUCCUGCAAUUCUGCGAGAAGCUAAAUGGGCGACGUGGACAUCUCCAUUUGGCUGGCCUGUAAUUGGGGCCCAUGCUAUUCAUGCAAGGCCCGAAGCCGGGGGAUAUGAGACUACCACUACAGACGCUAUUGAUGAUGCCAAGAGCGUACUGAAUCUCACAUGCUUAUCACGUUCCAACUCGGCACGAGUCAUAGCCACGGGUGAUUACCACGGAGUGCUGCGAAUGCUAAGAUAUCCUGCAAGUAAUGAUGAAGCAGCCGCGUCUAAAAUAGGAGUUGCUCAUGUUGGAGUUGUUCGGCGACUGGUCUGGACAGCCCAGGACUCACACCUCAUCACCGUGGGUGGCCUCGAUAGGGUUAUCUGCGUGUGGCGCUAUGAGCCAGACUUCGGUGAUUUUGAUGACGACCUCUGUCCUAGUACUGAGAAGGAUCCUCGUGAUUAUGACGACGCUAUAGAUGCUGACGGGGGGCGAGCGAUGGCUGCCGCAGUCGAGCGCUCAUCCAAGGCCACGAAUUUCCAUGUCACAGCUUCGCAAUCGGCAAGUGACUCGCAAAAGAAUAAACCAACGACAGUGGCGGCCUGGAUUUCAGCGUUGGUGCCACCGUCAAAUCUCGAGCAAGAGGAUCCAGGAGCCCCGCAAAUCAGUUUGAGACUUGAGUGCGCACAUGGUCAGCGCUCUGAUGAUGUUCGUGGGCUCGUUGGGUAUAACGCUCAAGGUGGGGUAGUGUAUGCGUGCGGCGGCUUAGGGGUAGUAUACGACUCUCGUACGCACACUCAAUGCUUCCAUUUCCAUCAUCCAGAAGGUGGUGAUCCUAGCUGUGGAGACUUGCACAUGGAUGAUGAUGGAGUCACAAGCGGCUUAGCUGACAUUAGUGCCUUGAGUGUGUCACCCGAUGGGCAUUUCGCGGCAUCCGGGGACCAAGGAAAAACACCUCGCGUCAGAGUAUGGGACGCAAUGACUGGUAACACUAUCUCAGUACUUCCACGUCACCUUCGCGGAGGUAUACUUGUGCUCUCUUUCUCACGUGAUGGCAGGCAUCUCGCUGCGAUUGGGUCGGACGCUGACCAUUCCUAUGCACUGUAUACCACUCGCUCUGGUGGAUGGGAAGACGCGACACGAGUUGCCGCAGGGUCUGGCACACAAUCGCGCGUUUUCUGCGCUGCAUUUGACACUCCAACGCGCAGGUCGCUGUCUGACGCGGACGCGGAUGCUGCUGCGCUUACUGGAUCCGUUUCUGGUUCGUUGUACCUCUGGAGUGGGACUGAAGUUGCAGAGCAUGUUCUUGACGCCCACGAUGGACCAAUCUAUGCUGUUGCAACCGCAUAUAGGCGUGGUGCUUACGCAACAGCAGGGCGUGAUGGUGCAAUAAAGACAUGGGAUGCUCGUCUUCAACCAAUGCUUAGCUUCAGACUCAGUGAGGCCUCCAUUCCGUUUUUAACGCCGACUGCCGCGGCCAUCUCUUUCGGUGGUGCUCAUGGAACCAAAAUUCUCAUUCUGGCGACUGAGGCUCAUGGCCUCGAUGUAAAUCCGAAGUAUGGUGACAUAUAUGCUACGAGCGGAGACGACGGUACUGAAGACACGCCUGAGCUGCUCACAGAGGUUCGCAAGUCAAAGGCAGUACUCGCUGAUGUCAAGUGGUGUGAUGACGGCACUUUCUUGCUCGCCGCAUCCGAGGAUAGCCGGGUAUACGAUCGUAAUACCACGAAUCAAGAUUCUGCUCCACACGUUACGUCUGUCCACCGUUCACCUAAUUCGCGGUAUCUUGCCAAAGGGUGCGCUGACGGAACAGUGGCCGUAUAUAAUUAUCCAACUCAUGCACCGGGGAUGGCCUCCAUCAACGUUUCGCGCAGCGUCCCCGGCCACGCAUCCAGCAUAGCUAAGGUCCGAUUCACAAGCGAUGGCAAGUAUCUAAUCGCGCUUGGUCAGUUCAAUCGGACAAUCACGCAAUAUCUAGUAGACACGCCAGCAAAUGAUUCAUGA